AUGGAUGAGGAUGUCUCCAUCAUCGACGGCAGGCCGGGCGUUAUGCGUAUCGGAUAUACAGACAACCGCGAUAGGUUUUGUGACUGGCGUAACUGGAAUAGGUGGGUACCAACUAUAAAGCAGUCUUGCAAGGAAGAUACAAGGCCGGGCGCGGAAUUAUUGCCAAUUGCCAUCGUCCUGGUCGCCGUCGAUGAAGGAGCUCGUGAAGACUGGACAUGA